GAUUCCAACUACUGAUGAGAGAGGAGAGAGCCUUCAGUACAAAUGUGACCGGAUUGCAAUAAUGAAGAACAAUUUCAUGCCCAACAAAAUCAGUAGGGACAAGGUCAUCAAGAGGGGAUACCAUACAGAAAACUUUGCUAAGAAUUUAAGAAACUGCUCCUCUGAGACCAAGAAGGCAUUCAAAAAGACUUUGAAUAAUAAGAUUAUGCAUAAGAAGUCUAUGAAUACUGACACUUUGGAUCAGAACUGCAGUCGUAUGGAAGAGAUAUCCAUUGAGAAUCAAUCAAAAGUAGCCCCUACUAAGUCUAAAUUUUCGAGUAACGACCAGGCUAAGAUUAAGCACAAGAAUAGGAAGAAGAGAAUCUUGACGGAAUGAUCUAAUUUUGAUUCUAAAUAAAGAUCAUCAGACUACCUCCUGCACUCCUGUAUCCCAAAUAGAUUUCUACGCUACAUCUGAUCCUGCAAUGAAGCACUAUACCUCUUUGACCAAUGAGACCAAGAUAAAGCAAAGAAAUUUUGGGUAUUUCCAAGAGAUGCACCAUUCUUUGACAUCUCUAAGACAGAAAAAUUCUCAUAUGAGGACAAGCCUGAAUAAAAAUCUGAUGUUCUGAACUAAGAAGUCCGACUCAAAAGACUUAAAGGGCAAGUGUAAGAGCCCAAGGAAGAGUUUUAGCCCAAAGUCUAAUUUCUAUUACAGCUCGAAGCCCAAGCAGUCUUCUCAAGUAAAUUCUAAGUCUAAGCAGGAUGCUUUCAAGCAUUGAAGAUUGAAGACACGAAGGAAAACAAAUACUGCAAAUGACCAGUUUCAUAUAAUUAAUGAAGAGACAUUUAUAGUAGAGUCAAAAGUAGGGCUGAAAACAGCUUUGUCAAAGAAGCUCUCCUCUUCAAAUCCACCUAAUAAAUCACAACACAAAUUUCCUUCAAAAUCAGGGACUCCGAAGGCUCAUAACUGAAGCUCGAGAUUGAGCUUCCAGAACGAGAGUAAAUAAGGAGAACCAGAAUAUGAACUCCAAGAGAGUCUCGAAAGAGAGACGCAAGCUUAGUCCUAGCCUCAAAGCAACUAAGAAGAAGGAGGUAUGGGGUAUCCCAAAGAGAAUCAAGGAUAGGAAGAGUAGCACAAAGGCUAAGAAAAUGCACCGCAUGGGCCUUUUCAUGGGUAAUGAAACUAUAAGAGGUCUAAACCUUGUGUUCCCAGGGAAUGGCACACUUUUAAAACCCAGGAAAUCCCAUAAGAAGAAUAUUAAUACCAGUAGGGUUAUGCUAGGCCCUAGACAGAACUCUUAG